AAAGGACCUCGAUCAAUUAGUGUGAGUUUCAGAUUUUCAAACCCAUAUUUGACUUUGCCCAUACUCAUAUUAUGAUGUGCAAAACAAGGUAGCUAUAAAAAAUAUUCCUUAAAGUCUUGCUUUUUUAAUAAGUAGUAGUAAGGAGAUCUUUGAUUUAUAGUACUCCCUCUUUUCUGAUUUGUCCUUACUGGUAAAUUUGAGUGCUGAAAAAACAAGAGUACUUUACAUUAACCUUUACCUUCUUUCCGAAUUCGAGUGCCUCGAGUAUUCGCCAAAUGCUCACCAAACUUCGAUUGCGCAACUUUGCCUGACCAGCACCCCCAAAACCGAAAAUGCGAAUCCAUCAACCCAUUGGGGCGCCAAACUCGAGCUGCUCCUCCUCCAUUGGAGCAGUUCAGCGUCUCGGCCGGAUUUCAAGUUCAAACCAGUAGCCAACGGAGCGGCGAUUCCGACCUUCCGACAAUUACAUGAAAAUGCAGCACUCACCAUCUACGGAUGCCAUCGAAAUUCGCUGUCGAGAUCAGGCGGAGAAAAACCAUGUUUGAAAUCAAAUGAUAUAUAUGAGCUAUAAGUGCUUCCAUCAACUGUAUCUCCCAGUUUCUCUCAGUGUUGGUGCGUGCCACACAAGUGUGAAGCGAUGACAGCAAUUUGUUGAAUGCAUCAUCGAUCAAAUGCGAUCGCUCGAAUGCCUUUAAUUGUAGAACUGGGUUAAGCAUCUGAGACUCAUCCCUAAACAGUUUGGCCCAGGUCAGUAUCGAAGCUAUUGGAGCUAGUGGAGCUAUCAUAGCCAUAGCAUGCAUUGCUAUUCCCAGUGCUGCAGUUGACUUUGACACUGAUCGCGAUCGCGAUUGCGAAUGCGAUCGCUCCCCCAAUUUCGAAUCCGAAUCCACCCGAAAUCCGUAUAAAUAUGCGGAGCACACUCCACGAUCGAUCAGACAGCGGUCAGCGGUCAGCUUUGGUGGUGGUCAGCAGUGAUUGGACUGGCAAUUAGGUUUUGUGGAGCUAGGUGCUUGGACUUUGGUGCAGGAAACAGGAUCAGAACAGGAUGUUUCGAGGAGUGCUGGUGCUCCUGCUGGUGGUGGUGGUGGUGGCCUGGUGCCAGGUGGAUGCGGCCACCCAUGUCAACAUCUCGAUUGCCCAGCAACCGGCCACGAAUCCGGCGGAUGUGAAGUACGUGGAUGGCAUGGCUCCGGCGGAACUGAGGGCGGGUCCUCAGCGGGAUGAGGAUCAGCAGUUCCAGCGCAUCCAGGAGCGACAGCAGCAGGUGCUAGCCCAGUCCCAAUCUCAUCCGCAACAGCAGCAGCAGCAGCAGCAACAGGUGUCUCAAACCCAGCAGCAGCAACAGCAGCCCCAGCAGCUGUCUCCUCGCCAGGGAUUGGGACUGCAGCCGCCGGCUCAGAGUCAGCCACCCAUGUCCAAGAACGGACGAUUGCCCCGUCGCCGCAAUCACAGCAGACGUCCCGCCAUCCACCAGCAGCCACCGCUUAGUGCUCAUAGUGGCCAGUUCCGACAGCGCAACCAGCAGCUGCGCCAGAACCAGGAGUUCGAGCGCUACAUCCAGUCCUACCACAGCCAUGGACCCACCGUGGAGACAGUCUACGAGUCAUCGAAUCCGUCCCCGCAGCGCUAUACUCAAACCAGCUCCGGAGUAAGUUCGUCCUCCUCAGUGGAGGAUGCGGCUCCCCAGAAACUGGUCACGAUUGGAGGACAUCGGUCGCAGCAGCUGCGCAUGUUCGAGCGCCAGGUGGCUGCACCCGUCUCCACCCAGGGACAGAGCGCCAAUGUGGAGGCGGCCCAGGACAGCAAGCCCAUCUACGAGCCCCAGCAGGCGCCCAUUCAAACGGCCAACAUUGCGCCGCCGGUGAGCUCCAGUUCGUCCUCCGCCUCCAGCGCCUCCUCGUCCGCUCCUGCAUCAAGUCAACCUGCUCCCGCUGCGCCCGCCCUGCCAUCUGAUUCGUCAUCCGGCUACGACUCCGCUACCAGCUACAAUCGCCCCAGCUACGAUCCCAAUGGCUUCAGCUACGAGGAUGCCCAGGACGUGGAGUACCAGGAUCAGUACCCGCCGGAGGUGGAUGAUGGCCAGGGAUACGAGGACUAUGCCGAUCAGUCGGGCUACCAAGGCGGCUCUGGCUACCUGCCACCAGCUCCACCCAGGAGCUACGCACCGCCACAGCGUCCCCUGGUCACCAAAACCAUUCAGAUCGUGCAGCCAGCUCUGAAGGCCAAGAAGUACGAGGUGCGUCAUCCGGCCAUCCAAAAGGAGUUCUACGACAUCGAGGAGCGCGUGGUGAUCAAGCCGGCGGGAACUCUGGUCGUCGAGCUGGAGCAUCCGGUUGCUAAGAUACCCAAGGGCGAAACCCUGCUGCCCUUGGGACAUCCUCAUCCCGCAGUGGCGUCCGCCUACAGCAACAGCAACACUGGUCAAAUCCAAUCCCAGACAUAUAACAACAAUGUGCCCGAGUACAGGCCAUCCUACGAUGCAGCUCCAGCUGCUAAGGAUCAGCAGACCACCACCAUCGGCUCCAGUGUGACCACGAUGCCCUCCUACGAUCAGCAGCCCAAGGAUGACUUCGUGGAGUCCCGGCUGCAACAGCAGCAGCCCCUGGGAGAUGUCACCGAUGGUGGCAAGAGUUCACCUUCCUUCAUAUCCGGUGUGGAUGCCAGUGGAAACGCGGUGAAGAUCAACGCCAAGCAUCUCUCACCCAAGAUGAUCCAGCGCGCGGAACCGGAGCAGGAUUACUCCCGAUCCGGCCAGCGGGUCUAUCAGCAGAGGAAUAACUUCAACCGCCAGCCAUACAACCAGGACGACGACUACUUCUCGGGGGAAUAUCUGCCCAAUGUGAGUGCCGGCAGUGUGGACGCCAAGCCAGCGCGCCUGGAACUGGCGGAGGAGAAGGAGGACGAGCGACCCACGCAGAUAAUCAAGCACGAGCACAAGAUUCAUCUGCCGCCCUCGCAGCACAACAUUUAUCUGGGACGCACUAGCCAGACUCCCCUCAAGGAGCGAAGGAUCCAGGAGGUGCCCGCCCAGGUGACCGAGAUAAAGCCCUACCUCCGGAACCACGCUGGACCCACCGUGCUGUAUGCCAAGUCUCAAACUCCGAGGACCUACUACAACCAGCCAUCCCGACAGCGCGUUGCCGAGGAGCUGGACUACAGUGCGCCCUACUCCCAGAUGAGAUUCAGCCCGGAUAAUCACUCCUCCAGACUCGUCCAGUCUUCCCGGCUGGAGGAGGCACCCAAACGAGAGGAGCAGCAGCCCAAGAAGGAGCAGCAAAACACCCACAUCCAAAUCCAGAUAGCCAGUGACCAGGAGAAAUCCGCUGUGGUGGCCACCACAAUUGCGCCCGACUGCGACAGGGGACAGCAGAGAGCCGAGCUGAGGCAGCAGAAGUCGCAGCGCUUGAUGGAAGCGCCCAGUGCCGAGGUGUCCGCCACCCAGGCUACUCCGUCCCAAUCGAAGCCGCAGCCCGAUGUGGAUGUAUCGCUCAAUGGAGCCGCUGGCCAUCUGAAGCCCAACGAGCGGGUGAUCGCAGCCACUGCGGCGCCAACCGAUGCCUCGGCCACCAGCGAGACCUUCCACAAGCGUCGCAUCGUUGUCAACCAUCCGUUCCAGACGGUGCGCGAAGUGGUCGAGCACGAACCCUUCACCAACUACCACCAGAUUCAGGUGAACGAGCCGGCUCCGCCCUCGCACUACCACCAGGCCUACUACCAACCGCCGCUGCAGACCCACGGGAGUUUGGUCCACUACCAGACCUCGUCUGCACAUGGCAAUCUAUAUGGAUAAAUUAGGAUUAGGGAAGAAUCCGAAGGCGACCAACGAACGUACACGGCCAAUGCACUUCCUUUGUUAAUCGUUAUCUUAGUGUUAGGUUAGUUCCUUAAGCUAGUACGCAAAUCCGGUGGAAGGGCCCUUUCCAUGAUGACAUGACCCUGAUCUUCUUUCGCCCUAAUUCGAUUUAAACGCCUAGGCUUACGUGCAGUUUUACUUGCCAACAAUAAA